AUGAAGGCCUCAUUCACUCUCCUGGCCRCGGCCGCCGUUUUCGCCGCUGCACAGGACCUCGCCGCGCUCCCACAAUGUGGACAGYUCUGCAUCAACAACAUGGUCGGCAUUGCACGUGGAUUCCCUGGCUGCGAGGCUGGUGAGGCUUCCUGCUUCUGCCAGAACGCGGACUUCGGCAACGGCAUCCGUGACUGCUCUAACGAGGCUUGCGAGAACUCCUCCGACGCUGAGAUGGCCAUCUCCUACGGUGUGGCAUACUGCGCAACUGCUCUCAACGCCGCCUCUGGCUCCGGCUCUGCAUCUGGCUCUGCCUCUGCUUCCUCCACCGGCAGCAGCUCCGGCGACAACGAGAGCUCCUCUGCCAUCACCACCUCUGCGCUCACUGGCGUCGUCACCACUGAUGGCUCCACCAUCACCACUACCACCGGCUCUACCACCAUCUACGGUGCUGGCGGCAUUGGCGGCAUGAUCUCUUCUGCCACCGACUCUGCUGGAAACAUGGUCUCCUCCGCCACCGAGUCUGCUGGAAGCAUGAUUACCAUGGCCUCUUCUUCUGUCGAGAGCGUCAUGUCCAGCGCCUCUGACGCUGCCUCGUCUGUCAUGGAAUCUGCCUCAUCCGCUGUUGACUCCGCCUCUUCUGACGCCAGCAGCGCUGUCAGCUCUGCCACCGACACAUCAUCUGGUUCCGGUUCUUACAUCACCGCUGCACCAAUGCUCGCCAUGGGUGCCCUCGCUGCUCUCGUUUUGUAA